AUGGCGGAACCGGAUCCAGACCAGCCUGGGAUUUACCGAAGCGAGCAGAUGACCUUAGCACAACUUUUCCUUCAGUCUGAAGCUGCUUACCAGUGUGUAGCAGAACUCGGCGAACUGGGACUAGUGCAGUUCAGAGAUCUGAAUCCGGACACAAAUGCGUUCCAGCGGAAAUAUGUAAACGAGGUACGUCGAUGCGAUGAGAUGGAACGAAAGCUUAGAUAUCUUGAACGAGAGAUCAAAAAGGACCAAAUUCCUAUGUUGGAUACCGGGGAAAAUCCGGACGCCCCACAACCACGUGAAAUGAUUGACCUGGAGGCAACAUUUGAAAAGCUGGAAAAUGAGCUACGCGAAGUUAAUAGGAAUGAGGAAACGCUCAAAAAGAACUUCUCUGAAUUGACGGAAUUAAAACAUAUUCUGAGAAAGACGCAAACGUUUUUCGAAGAGGUGGAGCACGAUCGACGUCGUUUCGGUGAGUCAACUCGAAGAAGGACACUGACUGGCGAACAAGAACCACUUAUAAUUACUGCCGAGGAGGAGCCGCCAUCGGGACUAGGAUUGUCCAUGACGAUGCUAAGACUUGGGAAGUGUGGUACCGAUGCAACUGAAAAGUUUAAUGCUCGAAAUCAACAUGAAGAGCUAAUGGCAACUUCUGAGGAGGACGCACAGAACCCAGUAAUGCAAAGAGACAACGCGCCACUCAAAAUCCAGCUACGCUUCGUUGCUGGCGUAAUUCGUCGGGAGCGACUUCCAGCUUUUGAACGCCUCCUUUGGCGUGCCUGCCGUGGGAAUGUAUUUCUACGGACUUCGGAGAUCGAUGAUGUUCUGAAUGACACUGUUACGGGUGAGCCCGUCAGCAAAACUGUCUUCAUAAUCUUCUUUCAAGGGGACCAACUCAAGACAAAAGUAAAAAAGAUUUGUGAAGGAUUCCGUGCAACAUUGUAUCCAUGUCCUGAUACUCCACAAGAACGUCGUGAAAUGUCGAUAGGAGUGAUGACGAGAAUUGAAGACUUGAAAACAGUACUGGGACAGACUCAGGACCAUCGACAUCGAGUUUUGGUUGCUGCUUCGAAAAAUGUUCGAAUGUGGUUGACGAAAGUGCGCAAAAUCAAAUCGAUUUAUCACACGCUCAACUUGUUCAAUAUUGACGUCACUCACAAAUGCUUGAUUGCCGAAUGUUGGUGUCCAAUAAGUGAACUGGAUCGUAUCAAGAUGGCUUUGAAGAGGGGAACGGAAGAAAGUGGAAGCCAAGUUCCGUCUAUAUUAAACCGCAUGGAAACGAUGGAACCACCUCCUACUUAUCACAAAACCAAUAAGUUCACAAGAGGUUUUCAAAACAUCGUUGAUGCUUAUGGUAUAGCGACAUAUAGGGAAGUCAAUCCAGCUCCAUAUACGAUGAUUUCGUUCCCUUUUCUUUUCGCAGUGAUGUUCGGUGAUCUUGGACAUGGUACAAUUAUGCUUCUAGCUGCCCUCUUCUUCAUUUUGAAAGAAAAGCAACUUGAGGCGGCUCGUAUUAAAGACGAGAUUUUCCAAACCUUCUUUGGUGGCCGAUAUGUGAUCUUUUUGAUGGGAGCCUUCUCCAUAUACACAGGCUUACUCUAUAACGAUAUAUUUUCGAAGAGUUUGAACAUAUUUGGUUCGGGCUGGACAAAUUGUUACGAUAUUCAACAGCUCGAUAGACUUCAGUAUGGUCUCGAAAAGAAUUUGAUGCUGAUUCCGGAGAAGGCAUACGAUAGCGCUGCGGGACCGUAUCCGAUCGGCGUCGAUCCAGUCUGGAAUCUUGCGGAAUCAAACAAGUUGAAUUUCUUGAACUCGUUGAAAAUGAAGUUGUCUGUGAUUCUUGGGAUAACACAGAUGACAUUCGGUGUACUUCUGAGCUACCAAAACUACAAAUAUUUCAAAUCCGAUCUAGACGUAAAGUUCAUGUUCAUCCCACAGAUGGUAUUUCUAGCUUGUAUUUUCAUGUAUCUUUGCCUAGAGAUUGUUGUCAAGUGGAUAUGGUUCACCGCAGGACCACAAGACUCUAUCUUUGGUUACAAAUAUCCUGGUUCGAAUUGUGCUCCUUCGUUGCUGAUCGGACUUAUCAACAUGUUCAUGAUGAAAACCAUAGGGACCGGUUUUGUGGAAGAGGAUGGUACCCAGAAAUUCCAAUGCUAUCUUAACAAUUGGUAUCCAGGACAGGGCUUCUUUCAAACACUCUUCGUGCUUACGGCAAUUGUAUGCGUGCCGAUAAUGUUGUUCGCAAAGCCGUAUUUGCUAUGGAAAGCAGAUAAGGAACGGCGAGAAUCCGGCCAUAGGCAGUUGGGUAUUGCCGAGCGGAUGCUGCUGCUGUUAGCGGUGGUGCAGGUGCCUGUGAUGCUUUUGGUCAAGCCCCUGAUACUCUAUCGCCGCAGUCAAUCCGUCGAUACUCACUAUCACACUCUGCGCGAUGAGAGUGUGCGGGCGGAUAUGAACGGAGAUGAUGCCGAAGUUGUUCAUUCUGAGCCGAAGCCAAGCGUUUCUAGCAACGAUGCCACCAGUCAUGGUCAUGGGUCUGGCCCAUUCGAAUUUGGUGAAGUAAUGGUGUAUCAAGCAAUUCAUACAAUCGAAUUCGUACUAGGAUCGGUCUCUCAUACCGCUUCAUAUCUCCGUUUAUGGGCCCUUUCCCUAGCACACGCACAACUCUCGGAUGUCUUGUGGACCAUGGUUUUCCGUCAUUCUUUCACACUAGACGGCUACUAUGGAGCAGUGGCGACGUAUAUUUUGUUCUUCAUUUUCGGCGCAUUAUCGUUUUUCAUCCUAGUGCUGAUGGAGGGUUUGUCAGCGUUUUUACACGCUCUGCGACUUCAUUGGGUUGAGUUCCAGUCGAAGUUUUAUGGUGGUUUGGGUCACAUUUUCGUUCCGUUCUCAUUUGAGAAAAUUCUGGAAGAGGAGCGAGAAGCCGAAGAAAGUAUGUGA